GUCGUCAUAACGAUGUAAUCAUUGGUCGUCGGAAGUACGCUUGCGCGCUGAGCUCGUGCCUGUGCUGAUGCAAGACAGUGCAUGAGAACAGGAGUGCUAACCGUAUCGUCGAGAUUCAACAGCAACAUUUGAUUCAGUCAUAAUGUCAGAAGAUGAGAUUUUAUUCGACCCCUCCACAACAAAAAAGAAAAAGAAGAAGAAGAAGCCCUUCAUGCUCGACGAGGAUGGAGAUGGAGAGGAGGUUCAACAGACUGAACAGAAAGAAACUGAGCCUGAAGCAGCAGAGGAGCGAGAACUGGACCCUGAAGAUGAUGAAGUCAAGAAAAAGGAGACUUCCGAUGAUUUAGAUGAUCUGAACUUCUUUAACCAGAAGAAGAAGAAAAAGAAACCGAAGAAGGUGUUUGAAAAUGACAUUGAGGAGGGCAUGAAGGAGCUGAAAAUUGAGGGAGACCAGCAGGAAAUGAUGCAAGAGGACGAUGAAUUUGAUCUGAUGCUUCCAACUAAAAAAAAGAAGUCAAAAAAAGUGGAAUUUGUAGAGGAAAGUGAUACUGUGGAAAAGGAUGAUGUCAUUGAGGAUGAUAAAAAUACAGAUGGCGUUACAUUCAGUUCACAGUCAGGCCCAGCAUGGGCCGGUUCAGAGAGAGAUUACACCUACGAUGAGUUGUUGAGCCGGGUGUUUAACAUCAUGAGGGAGAAGAAUCCUGAUAUGGUGGCUGGGGAGAAGAGGAAGUUUGUGAUGAAGCCACCUCAGGUGGUCCGAGUUGGGACCAAGAAAACAUCUUUUGUCAACUUCACUGACAUCUGUAAACUGUUGCAUCGACAGCCCAAACAUCUCCUGGCGUUCCUGUUAGCUGAGUUAGGAACAUGUGGAUCCAUAGAUGGAAAUAACCAGCUUGUUAUUAAGGGACGCUUUCAACAGAAACAAAUAGAAAACGUCUUGAGAAGAUAUAUAAAGGAAUAUGUGACUUGUCACACCUGCCGCUCACCGGAUACAAUUCUGCAGAAGGACACGCGUCUCUACUUCCUGCAAUGUGAAACCUGUCACUCACGCUGCUCUGUAGCCAGCAUCAAGACCGGCUUCCAGGCUGUCACCGGCAAAAGAGCCCAGCUUCGAGCCAAAGCCAACUAAUAAAAAGCACCCUGUUCUGGUCUCUUGCCCAGGCUGAUGCUCUGCCCCUCUGGUUGAUGACUGUCCCUGCUGCUCUUCUCUGAAGCACGGUGACCCAAAGCUUGGAGUGAACUGUGGAGGUUUUUGAGUGUAAUCUAUAUUAAUAAAUCUGACUCUGAAGCUAGAAGGGUUGCCAACAGGCUGCCUCUGAUUUGCUUGUCUUACUUUACCUCCUUCCUCCAGAAAUGUUUUUUCUGCAUUUAGCAUAUCUGAUAACCAGAGCAUAUUUCUUGUCUAUUUGGUAAAUUUUUACUUUCAGAGCAGUAUUUGUUUUUCAGAGAAAAUGCAGGGAUAUUAUUGGGUGGAAAAUGAAAAUAAAUUUUGCUAAACGAACCACAGCCUUUUA